GGAGCCAACAUCUGAUCUAACCUAACUUAAUAGCUUUAUUCAAUUAUAGCUCAUUCACAUUCUAUUAAUAAUUCUUGGAUAUAAAUUUCAAUUGUUUAUAAUGAAUUUGCCUCAAGUAUUGAUCGUUAGUACGAAAAAAGGAAAAGCUAGGGAAAUCGCAGAAAACAUAGGUGCAGAACAAUUAUCCGAAGAAGAUGACAUUAUGGAUUAUCAGUGGAAUAUUGAUAACAAAUACUACACAUCACAGUUAUUAAUACGCACCAUAGAAAAUAUAUCUUAUGAACUCCCAGUAGAAGGAAUCAAGGCAUUGAUCAUAUACCAUGAUACACAGGCAAACAAUGCGGAUCAAGAAUUAGAACACUUGGCAUCUUUAAUUAAUUCAUUAUUGACAACAGCAGAAGUAUUUUUAUUUUCCUGCAGUGCAAUAACUGACAUACUGCUGCGAGAUAAAGUGCUAAAUUGGUGUUUACAUAACAAAUUUGAGCUGGUUGAAUUAGAUCAAACAGGAGAUUCAGAAUCCGAUACAGAGGGUAAUAAAUAUGGUAUUGAAAGAAUCAUAGAAGCUUUACAUGCUCACACAUGGCCUGAUAUUGUAUUUAAAAAUACAGCGAGUGUGGAUGAAACACUCAAAGUAAAUGAAAUUGAAGAACAAUUUGAAAAUAUUCGAUUAUCGCGCGAUCCUUCCGAAAGGCUACGUAUGCAGGACAUGCUUGAUAGCAUUAUGGGUGAUGAAAAUGCAGACUUUGGAGAGCUAUUUGGUCAAUUUAUGGACAUGAAAGAACAUGCAGCAUCUCUACCAACAAACGAAAGACGCGUAGUGGCUGAACAAGUAGUCACUGCUUUUUGGAAAGCUAUGGGUGGCGAUCUUUUAGAAAUCGAGGAUUAAAUUUAAAAUUCAUAUGUCGAUAUAAUGUUUAGAUUAACUAUAAAUUGCUUCAAUUGGCUUUAAAUUGAUGUACAAUAUACUAAAAAGCUCAAAAUAAUAAAACGCAAUUAUAUAAAGGUUACUUGCAUAUUGCAAUAAUAUGUACAUCAAUAAUGUAUGAUAAAAAAAGCGUUUUUAAAAAAAGUUGCAUAUGGUUUAAAUGUAGUGUUAUAUGUAUAAAAUAAAUUCAUCAUGAUAGAUGAGAGGAAACUUUAAUAAUGCUAUGAACAUGACAUUAAAAUUUUGUUUCGUUUGUUGGCUACAAAAAAUUUACGUAAAUAUAAUCAUAUAAUAGACGUGUAUUAAGAUUAUUUAAGACGACAUGCUGUAAUUUUUUUAAUAAAAUAAUUUUAAUUAAAUAAAA